CAGCAAGUCAAUAAUAAGCUUCUUGAUUGGGACUCGAACCAACGACACGCUCGCUCACAUGAAAAAUGGUCGAUACAGAAUGAACGGCAGAAAGCGUAAGUAGCCGCGUCGAUUCUCUGCAUCGGGCGCCGUAGCGUCCAGUUAUUUUGGCUCACUCGCCGUCCGUUCAUAGGAUACUUGCUAAGCUGCACAACCUCGCCUACGCCUACGAUAUAUGUUGCAUGUCGCGCUGCACGAGUUUCAUCAGCUGCGGGAGGUCAACCAGCUCCUCCCACUCACUGACAGGAGUACGUUUGUUUCCCCAGUCAUACCAUCUGCGCAUUUGCAGAUGACACCGCUGACAUGACAUCCCGUCGGCAGUAUGGAACAGUAUCAAGGGUGCCGUCGUCGAGUUCAUGAACAGAGUUCGUGCAGAAAGGAUCCGGUGCGAAGAGCUUUGGGGGAACGAGGAUGAAGACGAAGACGAAGACGGGGACGAAGGUGAAAACGAAGACGAAGGUGCAGGUGAAGACGAAGACGAAGACGUAGGUGAAGGUGAAGGUGAAGGUGAAGGUGAAGUCGAAGUCGAAUAGUAGGCUAUCUUGCUUCGGCAUCCGCCAUGCCCGAUUGCAUGGGCAGCCUUGCAAAGAGGCGCUAUGGAUUACAGGCAUGUCACAAAAUAUCCUACAACCUUUGUCAAUCGAAGAUGUCGCCAGGAAAGCACUUACCACGGGAAGAGCGUGAUCUCGCGGCUGUUUCGUCCCUAUGUACCGGCGAUCCUCGCUUUGCCGGCUGAGUCUGGCUGCUCUGCAACGGAGACUAACCAUGGGCACGACGGACAUCGCCGGACACCUUUGGCUGUGGAGCGCAGCGGUCCCAGCUUGCGGUGCCAUCUGGACCACUUCAGGGAGUACUGGCGCCC